AUGAUAGGCGCUCGAGUCUACUUGCGCCUGAUCAUUCAAGACCUUCCGCUCAACGCAAGUGACAUUCUUGUGUGUGCUGCGUGGGCCACUUCCGUGAUAUCUGCUUCCUUCGACAUUGUGUUUCACAAACUAGGGGCGCUGCGUCCGUAUGUCUCUUACAACCUAGAUGGCUACCGAGGCACCCCUGAGGAGGUCGAGUUCAUUUGGAAGUUACAAUGGGGUGGACAGUUUCCCUUCUUCACGGCGUUCUACCUGUGCAAAGCGACGCUUUUGACGUUAUACGCGCGUUUCUUUCCUGUCUUCAUGCAGACCCGACGGAAGAUCUUAUGGGGAACGAUGGCGUUCUGUGGUUGCGCAUACCUCGCGACCAUACUCACAACGUUGACGAUUUGCAGACCGAUAGAAGGAAACUGGUCCUCCGAUCCCGCAGUAGCAUGUUCUCCGAUUGUAUUCGCCCAGGUGUUCUAUGUCGGAUGGGCUCUGAACUUUGCUGGGGAUCUCAUGAAGUUGUGGAGUAUCCUUGACCUGCAAACCGGCCUGGUUAUUGCUUGCAUACCACCGCUGCGGCCAUAUCUAUCGCACACAUGGACGAUGUGGCCCUUUCGGUUGGCGAAUAGGACCCCCAAGGAAUCCGGGAACCGCUCGGAACUCUCCGAGGUUCCUCAACAUCACGACCAGUCAAGACCACGACGUGAACAACCCAGUAAUAUGAGCUCGGCCGAGAAUCUGUAUGAUUUGGAGAGCCAAGGUGUGGGCGAGAGUCACUUGGACGCUGAAUCUUCCGCAAUGGCAAGUCCCAAAUCACCAGUGUCGACAGUGAAGUAA